UGCCGAGCUGCGCGUGCCGGCCACUCCUGCGCGCUCCCGCCUGCCCGCGGCUCCGAGCUACCCGGCAAGUUGACGGCCGAGGUCCGAGGGCCGGGGGUCGCAUCCCGCUGCUGGAGCCCGCCGUCCCCAGGACAUCUAGAGAAGCGUUCCAGCUGCCUCUGCCCCAGGAACUUUUCGCAGACCUGGCACGAUCUAGCAGCGGCGGUGGCCGCGGGUUUUCAAAGCAGCUGCGCGGAUCUCGGAGUGAAGCAGCAUGGAAGCCACCAGCCAGGUCCCCAUGGAAGUUGUGCUCCCCAAGCACAUCCUGGACAUCUGGGUCAUUGUCCUCAUCAUCCUGGCUACCAUUGUCAUCAUGACCUCCUUGUUGCUGUGUCCGGCCACCGCAGUCAUCAUCUAUCGCAUGCGAUCCCAUCCCAUCCUGAAUGGGCCUGUCUGAGAACCUCCCAGGAGGGGUGGGUGAGGGAUGAGGACAGCGUCCUGUCCCCCAGCAUCUUCCCCUUUCCCAGAAAAGCAGCAGAGGGAACUUUGCAGCAUGGACUUUGGAGCUCAACAUGUGAGGAGACCUGAGUUCUGGCUUUGAUUCUGCCACUGGCCAGCGGUGUGAGUUCGGUCCAGGGACCUAAUUCCAUGAGUUCCAGGUUCCUUAUCUUCCAAACAGGGAUCAUGCUCCCUGCCGUCCUACCUCAUGGGGUUGGGAGAACCCAUGACCUGGUGGAGGUUAAAGCUUGUUAGUGAGCAGAUUCACAGGUGUUAACUGUUGGAUGUUGAUCAGCUUUUGAGAAACCAUGGAUCCUUAUUACUGAUGGGAGCCUUCAAGGUGGUGAGGGAGACCCUGGGGCAGAGCAGCCUUGCCAGUGACCCUCAGGUGAAAUGAAGCAAAAGCACCCUGUCCUCGUUCCAAGAGACCAACAGCAUGUGGCUCAAUGUUUUCUUUGAGGUGCCACUCCCUCGAGUCUUCUAAUUUGGGAGGGAAUUAAGUGUGGCAGAGGGAGGGAGAUGGGUGGAUCUUCCCAGGACACCAGAAGCUCUGCCCCCGUGCAAUCUGGAGGGGGCUCCACCAUUUUUUGGCAAUGACGAGGGAUCUGGGGUGAUGAACUUCAUUUUGCAUUAGAUUUGCAAAGCUUUGACACUCAAGCAGUGUUGGCACAUGCAGAAUGGCUGAGUUCCCUGGCCAGCUUUCAGGAUCUCAGCCCCCAUCCCCUGUGAGGCCCUCUGCCCCAGCUCCUGCAUAACACAUACUCCCUUCAUUCCCUCCCACCAACACUACAACCAUUCAAGGUAUAGACUUAUAUUUCAAGAGAUGUUCCCAGGAAUUUGAAACUAACUCAAACAACACUGUUUAUUUUUAAUGCUAUGACUUAUAUUUAUAGGUAUAGAGAGAUUUCUGUACUACUCAAGCUUUUUGGCCAAAACCAGGAGCAUCUGGAGAUUGGUUGAAUUAUGUAAGAAGAUAGCACAGGUUAUCAGGAUAUUAUUUUGUGAAAAUGAUGCUUUUACUUUGAUCUGACUUCAUUGAUGUACACGAUUUCCAAUAAAGUGCUAGAAUGUAGAAUGA